AUGGGAGGUGGCAGCCAGAUUCCCCCGGAUUUCGGCUCUGAGGAAAGGCCCAAGUCCCUCGAACCGGGCCAGAACCACCAUCUACAUGCGGUGGUAGAUAUGGGCAGUAAUGGCAUCCGAUGCUCAAUUUCCGAUCUCUCCUCUCCAACCACUCGCGUCAUUCCGACAGUGCACUUCCAUCGUGUCAACCUCUCACUCUACGAGGCACAGAUCGAUCCCGAGACCGGCACUCGCAUUCCCAUUUCACAACAUGUGAUCGACCGAGUCGUCAGCGCUAUCAUCCGGUUCCAAAUCAUAUGUGUCGAGCUCAGUGUACCUGCAUCAAAUGUCCGGAUUAUCGCCACGGAAGCAACCCGGACGGCGAUUAAUUCUGCCGCGUUUACCGACGCGGUUCACCACACGACAGGGAUCAAGGUCGAGCUGUUGCGGAAGGAGGAGGAAGGCAUCAUCGGCGCAUGGGGCAUCGCCAGUAGUUUCUCCGAUGUGGAGGGACUGGCCCUGGAUCUUGGGGGCGGGAGUAUGCAGAUGACCUGGAUCUUCUCGCAUGCAGGCAAUGUGCACAUCAGCCCGCAAGGCGCGGUGAGCUUCCCCUACGGGGCAGCCGCCCUAACUCAAAAACUGGCCGAUCUGAAACGAGGGAAGAGCAAAGACGAAGCUCAAAAGGCAAAGGCGGAGUUCCGCCACCAGAUGGCGAAGAACUUCCGCGCCGCCUUCGACCGUCUCGAGGUUCCCGACAGCCUGGUGAAGAAAGCACGCGAGGAGGGUGGGUUUCCCCUAUAUCUUUCUGGCGGCGGCUUCCGUGGAUGGGGCUAUCUACUGCUAUACCUGCAUCAAACCCGGGGUCAAAAUUAUCCUAUCUCCAUCAUCAACGGGUACACCGCGCCUAAGGCGGAUUUUGAAAACACCGAGGCGCUGGAGGAAGUUGCUCGCACAGCACACGAAAUUUUCCGCGUGUCUGACCGGCGCCGCAAACAGGUCCCUUCGGUCGCGUUCCUGGUCAACGUGCUCGCUGAAUCAUUGCCGCAUGGGAUCAAAGAAGCCCAUUUUUGCCAAGGUGGCGUGCGAGAAGGAGUUUUGUUUCGCGAUAUGCUGCCGGUGGUCCGUCAACAAGAUCCACUCGAAGUUGCGACCGCCCGGUACGCGCCUUCCUCGGCCCAAGCAAUUGCUGCGUUGAUGUUGGCCGCCUUGCCCCGACCGGCCGGCGGACGCUCGGUUCCGUCCGCCAUCAGUCUGCAUGUGGUCCAGGCAUUUGCCAAUGCCCUCUAUGUGCAUGCCUCCAUGGCCAAAGAGCUGUCCUCCAGUGCAGCCCUAUACAGUACCAGCACGGGAAUUCUCGCUUCGACACAUGGAAUCCCCCAUUCUCAUCGCGCUCUUUUGGCCCUGAUGCUCCAAGAGCGUUACGGUGGAGAACUGCCACCGCGCGAUGUGGACCUGAAGUCCCAUUUGCAAGGAAUUCUUACUCCAGAAGAAGUCUGGUGGACACGGUAUCUCGGCAAGUUUGGCCUUAUCCUUGGUCAACUGUACCCAAUUGGGUCGAUUGAUACCUCCAAGCCUCGCAUUGUACCCUCUGCACGGUGGGUUACAGGACUAGGGAAGAAAGGGAAGAAAGAUGGGCUCGAGUUGAAAAUUGCAAUUCAAAACGUCGCCUACGACCCAACCCACCUCAAAGAGGAAUUAGAGCGAGAAUCACAGAAGCUCCAGAAGGUAGGGAAACGCAAGAAUUGGAUUGGUGGCAAGGAUGGCUGGGGUCUCAAAGUCCAGGUGUCUGUGGAAGAAGAGGAUUUACUGGCCAUCCAUUAA